CAUGGGUACAACUGAAAGUGUGCCGUUUUCCUCGGAUUUACCCCAUUUUACGAACGCAGAAGGAGCUAGAAUUUAUACCAAGCGAUGGAGUCCGCAAGGAAGUAUCAGGGCUGUUGUGUUUAUUUGCCACGGUGUACACGAACACGUAGAAAGGCACAAUCCAUUAGCGUCUAUUCUCGCAGAAAAAGGGUUUUUGGUCGUAGGACAUGAUCACGUUGGGCAUGGAAGGAGUGAUGGUAUCAGAGCUGAUUGUGAAGACUUUAAUUGGUAUGUACGAGAUACUCUACAGCACGUUCAACAAGUGAAAGAAGAACUGCCAGAUAUUCCAUUCUUCUUGUUUGGAUACUCAAUGGGAGGAGCAGUAGCGAUCCUUGCUGCACUCGAAUCAUCUCAUCUCUUCUCGGGUGCGAUACUCGUUGCACCAAUGAUUAUGCCAAAAGCAAGUACAAUGUUUUCUGUCAAGGUGUGGUUACUACAUCUCGUGUCUUCUCUAUUUCCUCAACUUGGAGUCGGCACUUCCGAUCCAAAUGGAAUUAGCCGAGAUCCAGAAGUGGUCAAAGCAUCCCUGGAAGAUCCACUCAAUUAUCACGGCAAUAUUAAAGCUCGGUGGGGAGCGUGUGCUCUAGCAGCUAUGGACGAGAUACAAAAGCGAAUGGAAGAAGUCAAGUUUUCGUAUUUAUUGCUACAUGGUACUGCAGACCGGUUUGUGCCACACGAAGGUUCAGAAAUGUUUCAUGCGAAGACACAGAGUGAAGACAAGACGCUAAAAUUGUAUCCUGAUCAUUAUCAUCGGCUGUUCAGUGAACCCAAAGAAUAUUCGGACGUUGUGAUUGCAGACAUCAUAUCAUGGUUGGAAACACAUGUUGAAUAAUAUAUUAGUAAUGAAGCCCAGCAAAAGUGCCUGCACUUUAAUGGUUUGUACACAUACUAUCAGUAGCUCGACAGCUGUUAGCACAAUUGCCCAUUAAAUUAGAUCAUCAAUUCUAAUAUAUACAUGUACUCAUCCCUUGGCAAUCGA